AUGAAGUCAGCGUAUUCUUGUAAGUUUUCGGUAACAGCGACUACUUGUUUAUUUCUCUGCGUGAUUGUUUCUCUGUCUAUGUUGUGUAUAUCUUUAUGGCUGACGAGUCAAGGACUAACAAAUUAUGUCGAGACUAUGAAAUCGCAACUAAAAGAAGAAGGCCAAGUCGGCAAGUAUCAACCAAGAUCUCGGAAAUCUUAUGUUGAAACUACUCAAGGACGACCACUUGACUGGGAACAAAGCCCCGACCAUACGCAAACGGACGAAGGAUUUUCAGACUCCUGGCACGAAGUUCGAAAGCAUCGAACCCGCUUAUUGACUCGAACAAAGUGUCUUCAGCGUUUAUUUCUCGUCAUUCUUGUGUCGAGCUCGGCUGAUGCUUACAAAAGCCGCAUGGUUAUUCGGCAUACUUGGGGAGUUGAUAACGCUUUGCACCGGAAGUGGAAAACUGUUUUUCUUAUCGGCGUUACGGGAAACAACAUGUUAUUGUCGGAUCGCAUCUCGCGUGAAGCCCAAAUAUUUGGCGACAUUAUCCAGGGCGAUUACUCUGAAACCUUCGCGAAUAAAGUGUUCAAGAUUCAGUCUGGUUUUGAAUGGGCUGCGAAAUACUGUAGUUUUGAAUACUUGUUAAAAACUGACGAUGAUGUAUUUGUUAACACGCGGGCUCUAGUCGCGUUCCUGAGCGGAGACGGAGCUCCUAAAGCUGCAUUUUACUUCGGACAUCUAAUGCACGGAAGCCCUGUUCUUCGCACAGGUUACUACGCAGUUUCAAAAGAAGAUCAUCCAGGCGAUGUUUUCAAGGAUUAUUUGUCUGGAGGGGGGUAUGUUCUCUCGAAAGAUUUGGUUCUAAAUUUCACACAAAUGUUUGAUGUUGUAAAACCUCUAAAAAUUGAUGAUGCUUACAUCGGAAUAUUAGCAGCGGAGGUUGGAGUAAAACCAAUUUCAACUCAUUCUUUCGUUAUGUAUAGUAACAAGGAAAGCUGUGUAUAUGAUUCCAACCUCUUUCUUGUAAGACCUGUUACCCACCAAUGUAUGGUAGAACUCUUUGAUGCAAACCAACGAGAAAUACUUUCCCAGCCCAAAGAGGGAGUCGAAUACUAA